GCGGGCUUCCUGAGUGCAGGCGCCGGGGCCCCGCGCCGCCCGGCGGCCCUCUGACACUGCAGACCCGCGUCCCGCGGCAGCGGCGCCACCAUGGACAUGAACGUGUCGGGGCCGGACAACGCCACCAUCCUGAUGCUGCGCGACCCCGUCAUCGCGGUGGCCCUGCCCGUGGUGUACUCGCUGGUGGCGGUGGUCAGCAUCCCGGGCAACCUGUUCUCGCUGUGGGUGCUGUGCCGGCACAUCGGGCCCAAGUCCCCGUCCGUGGUGUUCAUGAUCAACCUGAGCGUCACGGACCUGAUGCUGGCCAGCGUGCUGCCCUUCCAGAUCUACUACCACCGCAACGGCAACCACUGGGUGUUCGGCGAGCUGCUGUGCAACGUGGUCACCGUGGUCUUCUACGCCAACAUGUACUCGUCCAUCCUCACCAUGACGUGCAUCAGCGUGGAGCGCUUCCUGGGCGUCGUGUACCCGCUGGCCUCCGCGCCCUGGCGCCGCCGCCGCUACGCCGUGGCCGCCUGCGCCGCCGCGUGGCUGCUGCUCCUGGUGGCGCUGUCCCCGCUGGCGCGCACCGACCUCACCUACGCCGUGGAGGAGCUGGGCAUCGUCACCUGCUUCGACGUGCUCAAGUCCACCAUGCUGCCCAGCGUGGCCAUGUGGGCCAUCUUCCUCUUCACGCUCUUCAUCGUGCUCUUCUUCAUCCCCUUCGUGGUCACCGUGGCCUGCUACACGGCCACCAUCCUGACGCUGCUGCGCGCCUCCGACCCGCAGGGCCGCGGCCAGCGCCGCCGCGCCGUCAGCCUGGCCUUCGUGGUGCUGCUGGCCUUCGUCACCUGCUUCGCGCCCAACAACUUCGUGCUGCUGGUGCACAUGGUCAGCCGGCUCUUCCUGGGCCGCAGCUACUACCACGUGUACAAGCUCACGCUGUGCCUCAGCUGCGUCAACAACUGCCUGGACCCCUUCGUGUAUUACUUCGCCUCCCGCGAGUUCCAGCUGCGCCUGCGGCGCUACCUGGGCUACGGGCCGCUGCCGGCCACCUGCCGGGACGCGGGGCGCGACAGCCUGUUCUCGCCGCGGACGCUGUCGGCGCGCUCCAUGUCCAGCGGCCACGGCGACGGGCUGGAGGCCCCGGGCCGGCCGGCCCUCAGGAGGCAGGAGAGCGUGUUCUGAGCCCCGCGCCGCCCCCCCGGGGCUGCAGGUGCGCACAGGCCGCCGCUGGGGGACGGGGCGCUGCAGCGGUGCAGGACGCCCAGCACCCACCCUGACCACGCGCUCAGCCGGCCCAUCCCAGUCCCCCUGGGUCCCCAGCGCCCGCCGGCCUUGCUCUGCGCACCUGCUGCUGGAGACCCUGGACAGCCUGGACCGCGCGUGCAGAGCAGCCUCGGUCAGCGCGCGUGACCCCAGACGCGGGUAGACGUGCCCCUGUUGACCUCUGUGCUCCCGGAGCGCACCAGCACCCCCUCCCCGUGCUGCUAUGGCAAAGGGCCCCCCCUCCAGGAGCAACCACAAGGGCUUCCAAACGGGUUGGUGACUCUGGUUCCUCCAGGCUCACGUUCUCCAAAAUGUCACAACUCCCCACGUCCGCACACGGCAGGCAGCCACGCGGGAGGCGCGGGUGGAGGGCCUCCAGCUGGAGCACAGGCUGCUGACGACGAGUCCCGUGAACGACGAUGGCCGGCUGCUGCCACCACUGGGGUCCCGGACAUCUUCAGGCCCCGAGGCGCCCUCCGGACGGUUCUCAGCCUCCUCCUCCCCCCGGGUGACAGCCGCUGAGCCACGUGCGAGUCCUCCCAGGGUGUGGGCUGACCUCGUGCACCUCGCCUCACCCAAGGAGCCCUCUGGGACCCGGGCACCUGGACAGACCACCGACCCUACACGUAUGAGUGCCCAAGGCUGUCCGGGACCAAGUAGUGACCCCAAACCCGUAUCCGUCCAGGAGCUCAGAACGUGACCUCCUGCAUCGGGGUGGCCCUAAAUCCAACGACAGGAAGAGACAGGAGAGGAGCUGCAGACGCAGAGGAGGAGCCCCGUGAGGGCGGAGGCGGAGACGGAAGGGACGCGGCCACCAGCCUGGGGACGCCUGGGGCCCCAGAUGCUUGAAGAGGCGGGAGGGACCUUCCCCGGAGCCCGUGGACGUCAGUGGUCCUGCCCCCCUGGACCUGAGACGUCCGGUCUCCAGAGCUGGGACGGGAUGUGGUGUGCAGGGCUCUCCGGAAGACGAGACAAGCCGUCUCCUCCGGGGUUGGCCCUCGUAACUCGCGGGGUGAA